AUGGGGCUGAAGCAGCAGGAGAUCUGCGCUGCGAAGUGGAUAUUCACGCUGCUCGACUACGACGCGGACGGCAAGCUGCAGCUGUCGGAUCUGGAGCGCGCGCUGGGCAUCGAGAGCUACUACUUUGAGGGGCAGCUGCGGGACGCUGACGAGGACGACGACGGCGCCAUCACGUUUGAGGAGUUCCUCGUGAGCUACGCCAAGCCGCGGCCCGUGUGGAAGAAUCUCGUCAUCAUGGCCGCUAACACGCUCGCCGUCUUCCUGCUGCUGCAGUCGCCCCUGGACGUGAUGCUCAAGUGCAUCCUCGUGGGCGCCCUCAUCCUGCGGCCCCAGAUCAUCAGCCGCCCUGCAUCCCUCGUGUACGACGCCAUCGCCGCCCUCGUCGGCUCCGGGCGCGCGCGCGUGCAGAUGGGCGGCGCCGGGGCCGGCGGCGGCGGCGAUGGGGGGCGCGGGUCGGUGUGGCGCGCGGCGUGA